UGAGUAUUGGGCCUUCAGAAGUGAAUUUAGCGAUGAACCCUCAUGUUCAAGGUGACUCAGCCGGAGAAGGUAAUGCAAGCAACCAAAAUUACUAUAGGCCCCGGCUUUCUAGUGAAACACAGGAGAGGGUACUUCCCUUAUUUCCCCUCUUUGCCACUGAGGAAGCGUUUCCUCAGCUAGAUAUGAAUCUCCCUCAACCAGGUGCCAACAACAUUAGAGCCACAACUGAUGUUCCAUUUAAUAUUGUAGCACCGGAAUCAAACAUUUUUUCUUCAAGCUCCUCCCGUGCUGGAACUCCUCCAAAUCCAAUGGAAAAUUUAGACUUGUGUCUGAACGUUGGCUUAAGCCGUAGUCACGGUGCAGCAAUAUCUUCUGCUGCGAUUCCAAGUUCCAAUCCUGCACGUAGCGUGCAUGGGAGCAGCUUAAACUCAGUGAACAUUCCAAGAAAAAGAUCUGUCCCUGCUCAUGGUUCUGGAGGACUUCAUCUGGGUGAAAGUUCAAGCAUGGGUCAAGGGACAGGAGAGGUCAAAAGACUUGCUACUGAGUCUCAGGUGAGAGGUAGCAACUAUGUGAACCCGACACCACCAUCACGUUCUGUGGUGCAACAACAGCAUCAAUUCCUCGGUGGCCGCCAUGUUAAUCCAAACAAUGCAGGGACACCUUUUCCUCCACCCAGUACUCUUUCAAUUGGGCUGACUAAUACUGAUGAUGAAAGAAGAGGUUAUCAUGCUCCGAUUCCGAGCCAAGCGAGUUUGCCUUUCAACGGAGCCUUAUCACAUUCCCAACUGUCUCCUCUCCAACCCUCACAUUCCGUUCGGCCUCUAUCUUUACUCAGUAGUUCAUUCAUGUCAAGUUCUGCCCCCAGCGUUAACAACCAAACAUCCUCUCCGUGUCCUCACGCUAGAGUCGAUAAUAUUAAUAUGAUUCCAUCUUAUGAACAUGGAAAUGACAUGUUUGGUCCGGUAGUUACAUCCACUCAUCGACCAAACAGGUUUUACUUUGAUACUGAUCCAGAGACUGCUAGAAUGGCUCUUUUAUAUGGUCUCCCCCGUCAGUUCGGUGCCCCGGAAUCGGAACCACUGCAAUUUCUACCUGGAAUUGCGGGCAAUGGUGGCAGAGUUACUAAUGCUGGAGCGAAUACGUACCACCCUCUGAGUGCUACAGCAUGGUUUCUUCCACAGGGCUCAGGAGGAAUGAACCCUUCUGCUACAGCAAGUAGUUCUGGCACCCACAACCAUCAUAGGCCAGUACCACAAAUUCCUUCUGUUGGAGCACUAAGAGGGUUUCCAUCUGAGAUUGAGCACCCUCAAGCAUUUGGAACGUCGCAAGCAUUCACGGGACUGAGUCUGGAAACGAUAAUGCAGUUCAUGGAGCGUGAGAUUUUCUUGGUUGUUGAUGGAGAUGACUCAGAAGAAACUAAAGAAAAAUGCCCCGUCUGUCUGGAAGAAUUUUGCAGGGGAGAGGAUAUUGGGAAGCUGCAUUUGUGUGUGCACAAGUUUCACUUUGAUUGCAUUAAAGAGUGGCUCAUGCAGAGGAAUCUUUGCCCCGUUUGCAGAAGAACCGCGUUGGAAAGGCGUAAUGACCGAAGAAUGGUAUAUAUACUUGAAUAAGAAUUCAGAAGAGAGAAAUAGAUAUUAUGAGCUUUUACUACUUCCUUUAAUAAAUAAUCAUCUUUACGGUAAGUAUGGUCACAUGGACACCUAAAUAAAAUUUACCAUACUCCAAAAAGAUAUAUAUUAUGUAUGAACUUUUACAACUGAACAAAUACUUUCCAACUUUUAUA